GUUCGACCCGGCUUUGGAGAAGCCGUCUAUGAAGACGGACAUGUGCAGAAACAUCGACCUGCCAUUUGGCGCGUUUGAUGUCAACCACCUAUACUCUGUCCCCGUCGAAACUGUUCCACGCCCCGGUUUCAACCAGACUGGAAAGGAGAUCGAAGUCCAGAUGAAUGCUUAUGCUAUCACAAACUUUCCGUCCAAGACUGUCUACCAGUACGACGUUCACAUCGGUAACGGUGUUGAAAAGAGCAUCGUUAACAAGAAAGUCUGGAACUCCAAUGCUAGGAAAGGUGCUCUCAAUCAUAUCGUCUUCGAUGGACAGAAGCUGGCUUGGUCCAUGAACAACUACGCCAACGGCCUCAACGUCGUCGUCGACCUGGACAGAGAGCAGAAUCGUCCUCCUGGCAAAACCCCUAAUACCUUCCGCUUGGUUGUGCGCCCUACACGCACCGUCAAUUUGGCUGUUCUAAAUGCCUGGCUGAACAAAAAAACUGACAUAUCAGAAGCCGUUUUGGAGGCUCUCAACUUUCUGGACCAUGUCCUACGCGAGUACCCUGGUGGGAAGUUCCUUGCAAUUCGACGCUCCUUCUUCGACUCCAAUGGUGAGAACCGAGACAUUGGCAAUGGUGUUUUGGCUUUCAAAGGAGUAUACCAGGCUAUUAGACCAGCGCUUGGCCGUGGACUUAUCGUCAAUGUGGAUGUCUCAAACACUUGCUUCUGGGCUCGUACCUCUCUUAUGGGCGCCGCGAUGGCAAUCUUGGAUUGCCGUGACCAUCAACAUCUAACGCACCUUCUACGCCCUGUGGCGGAUGGCCGUGGUGGUGAGACCGACUCAAAUGGUUUCUACGAAGUACACCGUCGGAUCAAGAAGAUUGGGGUUCGCCCUCACUACCCAGGCUGCCCUUUCGAGAAGGACUUCAUGGUCAAGGGCUUGAUUAGGGCCAACUCGCGGAUGUACAAGAUUGAUUACAGGGAUCCUACGACCGGCGUCACGGAUAACAUCACUGUCGAGCAAUACUUUCGGAGGAAGUACAAUAUCACCCUCACCCAUUGGGAGCUUCCCCUGGUUGAAAUGACUAAGAGAAACGUCUUCUACCCUAUGGAAUUCUUGACCAUCCACGGUCUUCAUCGGUAUAUGUGGAAGCUCAACGAAUAUCAAACUUCCAACAUGAUCAAGUACGCUGCGUCUCGACCGGCCGAUCGCCUGAAGUCGAUCCUGAACUCAAAGAGCAUGCUUAACCACUCCAAGGACCCUGUACUCCAAAAUUUUGGGGUCAGGAUUGAUGACAACAUGAUCCACACCAAGGCUCGUCUUCUUCCCGCUCCGGAUAUUGAGUUUGGUGGAAAGCAGCGUGUGAACCCCGGCACAAAUGGUCGCUGGGAUCUGCGAGGAAAGAAAUUCUACGCUGGAAACAAGAAGCCAGUGGACUCCUGGGGAGUAGGAUACUUCCCUGGAAAACGCAAUGCCAUUAACCGCACCCAGGUUGAAGCCUUUGUCGACUCAAUGAUGAAAGCUUACGCUGGCCAUGGGGGCCGGAUUGUCGGACGACCUGUUGUUGUUGAGCUGAAGGAGGAUGUUGGCGAGGCCGUUAAACGGGUCUACAAUGCGACUGGCGUUAAGUUCCAGAAGGAUCCCCAGCUACUUGUCAUCAUUGUUCCUGACAAGAACUCCUUUACAUACAGUCGAAUCAAGAAGUCUUGUGACUGCCGCUGGGGUGUACCUUCACAGGUACUCCAGGCUGCACAUGUGGCCAAGAACAACCCGCAGUACAUCUCUAAUGUGCUUAUGAAGGUCAAUGCGAAGCUUGGUGGCACCACUGCCCGUGCUGUUCCCAAAGUCAGUGAAGCUGCGCUUAGAAAGCAGUCCAUGAUUAUUGGUGCAGAUGUAUCCCACUCUCCGCAGGGCGUCUGGUUACCCUCCUUGGCAGCCAUGUCGGUCUGCAUGGAUACCUUUGGUGGCCGCUACUGGGGAGCCUGCGAGGCAAAUGGUGAGCGUGUCGAGAUUAUUGCUCGCGCAAAUCUUGAGUCUAUGCUCACUCCUCUUGUCCGCGAAUGGAUGUCUACUGUUGGUGGUGGAAAGGCACCCGACAACGUCUACUACUUCCGGGAUGGCGUGUCUGCUGGAGAAUUCCAACACGUUCUUCAGCAGGAGAUACUUGACAUCAAAGCAAUCUUUAUGAAGCUGACCAAUGAAGCUUGGAAAGGGAAGUUUACCGUGGUUGUUGCUAACAAGCGCCACCACCUCCGUGCCUUCCCAAGGCCCAACGAUCGCAACUCGGCUGACAAGAAUGGGAACCCGCUACCUGGCACUCUUGUUGAGCGAGAUGUUACUAGCCCUCAUGAUUGGGACUUCCUUUUGUACUCGCACAUUGCUCUACAAGGAACCUCUCGUCCUGUCCACUACCACGUUAUCCUCGACCAGAUCAAGCAUCGUCCUCAGGAACUUGAAAACUUGAUCUACGAUCACUGCUAUCAGUACAUGCGCUCGACAACUUCUGUCUCUCUUUUCCCUGCAGUCUACUAUGCCCAUCUGGUUGCAACCCGUGCACGCCACCAUGACGAUGCUCCUGCAAGCUCUGGCCCUCAGAGUGGUCCGGAGGUCAAGCUCACCAACCCAAAACCGAAGGACAAGCCGGCUGAUCCACGCCUUCUUCCCAUUCAUGGUACUUCGAACCGACUCCCCUUCGGCAUGUGGUACAUUUAGGAGGAUACAGUUGGGAUAGUUGGUCUUCGACUCUUCGUUGUCUCUGGUUCUCAUCGCUUGAGGAAGGAUGCUGAAAAGACGAAAGGGCGAAUAGUUCCCUAUUUCAAUGAGGUUUUGUUCCUUAGUUAGUUAGCUAGCUACAAGGGCAUCUUGCUUUGGGGUACGACGGAC